CCAGAGCCAACCGUUCAUCGAAUAUCCAUACUCCAUUACUGCUUCGAUCUUUUGCUGUACAGAACGCAAAAACCAUUUCGUGACCCGAAAAGGAGGUACGAAGUGUUAGAAUGGAAUAGAGAGAGAUUGAAAAGGAGAAGAAACUAGAAAGAGAGACGGAGAGAUGGGGAGCACAAGUGCUGCUGUCAUACCGCAUUUGCAAUUCCACGAUCGGCGCUGUGCGAAGUCCAAUAGAAUCUGGUUACCUUAUUCUUCAAACGUGAACAAACCAAUUAGAGGGAGAUUGAGACUCGGUGCUUUGAACAGCAGCAGGAAAUUGAGUAGCUUUGUUUGCUUUGCAGUUGAAGACGACGUUAGGGAUAAACAGCGGGAGUUCAGUAGCGGCAGCGGUGUUGGGUCUGCGGUUGAAGAUAGGAUUGGUGUAUCUGCUAGCCAAGAGGAGGGAAUCUCAGAAAAUUUUGGGCAAAAUAAUGAAGAAAGCUCACUUUAUAAUCUUCUUUACCCAAGUAAAGAGGAACUUCCAGAUGAUAAAGAGAUGAGCAUAUUUGAUCAUCUUGAAGAGCUGCGUCAGAGGAUAUUUGUUUCUGUUCUUGCUGUUGGAGCUACUAUAUUGGGUUGCUUUGCAAUUUCGAAAGAACUUAUCAUUUUUCUUGAAGCUCCUGUUAAAGAACAGGGUGUGCGAUUUCUACAAUUAGCUCCUGGAGAGUUCUUUUUUACUACUUUAAAGGUAUCAGGAUACAGUGGUCUCCUUUUGGGAAGCCCCUUAAUUCUCUAUGAGAUUAUAGCCUUUGUACUUCCAGGUUUAACAAGAGCAGAAAGGAGAUUCUUGGGCCCAAUUGUUUUAGGCUCAUCGGUACUUUUUUACGCGGGUAUUGCAUUCUCCUAUUUGGUCCUGACUCCAGCAGCAUUGAAUUUCUUCGUUAGCUAUGCAGAAGGGGUUGUAGAAUCCCUCUGGUCGAUUGAUCAAUACUUUGAGUUUGUACUUGUUCUCAUGUUCAGUACAGGCUUGUCUUUCCAGGUUCCAGUUAUUCAGUUUCUACUGGGACAAGUUGGUUUGGUGUCCGGGGACCAAAUGCUAUCAAUAUGGAGAUAUGUGGUUGUCGGUGCAGUUGUAGCAGCUGCUGUACUUACACCAUCAACUGAUCCUCUCACUCAAAUGCUUCUUGCAGCACCCCUUCUAGGUCUGUACCUGGGUGGCGCAUGGGUGGUCAAGCUUACAGGGAAGUGAUUUGUUAUCCUACUACAUCAAUGCUUAGGGGUUGUGACCAACACUCGAAUAAAUCAGUGAGCAAUGUGUCGCAGACCACUUGAGAGAGGAUAAUGGGUUUAUAAUGUGGAUAGUGUAUCUUAUGUGUACCAUAAUACUUUUUUCCAUCACUAUAUGCAAAGGAAGAUGUCUCAAAGUUGUGAGAAUAA